AUGUAUUUUGAUGAUGCUGGACUGCACCCCGUCAUGCGUGAAAACAUCAAGCUAUGUGGCUAUCAUUUCCCUAUCCCGAUCCAAGCGUACUCCAUCCCGGCCAUUUUGACUGGAAAUGAUCUCAUCGCUGUGUCUCAGACCGAAGGGUCCGGGAAAACCGCUGCAUUUUUGAUUCCCAUUUUGUCCAAGCUAAUGGGCAAAGCAAAGGAACUUGCGGCUCCCAGUCCCAAUUUGGGCAACGGGUUCAACGAGGCUUUGGACUCUGUUCGUGCAGAGCCUCUGGUUCUCAUUGUUGCUCCAACUCGUGAGUUAUCCACGCAGAUCUUCGACGAGGCCUGCCGCCUUUGCUACCGCUCUAUGCUGCGUCCCUGUGUUUUAUAUGGUGGUGCACCCGUCCGCAAACAGUGUAUUGAGUUUCAGAAGGGUUGUGACGUGCUCAUCGGGACACCUGGUCGUCUCCUUGACCUCAUGGAGAAGCCGCCUAUUCUUUCCCUCCAUUGUGUUAAGUACACCAUUAUCGAUGAAGCAGAUGAGAUGCUUCACUCUGACUGGGAAACUGAGUUGACCAAGUUGAUGUCUGGUGGUGAUACCAACGAAGACGCUGAUCAUCGCUAUAUGAUGUUUUCCGCAACUUUUAACAAGCAAUAUCGCGAACUUGCUCGUAAAUUUCUUGCAGCCGACCACGUUCGCAUUCGCAUCGGGCGUGCUGGGGGUUCCCAUUUGAACGUGAGCCAGAAGAUCGUUUAUGUGGACGAUCAUCUGAAAAAGAAGGCCCUUUACGAUCUCCUUCUCCCCAUGCCGCCCUCGCGCUCUCUUAUUUUUAGCGAACGCGAGGAUGCUCUGCGUGCAUUCAGAACUGCGAAAUGCCCCAUCAUGGUUGCUACUGGCGUUUCUGCCCGUGGUUUUGAUAUUAGAAACGCCAUGCAUGUUAUCAAUUUUGACUUGCCGAGCACCACCCACGGAGGAAGUGAGGAAUAUAUUCAUCGUCUUGGACGCAUGGCUCGUAUUGGAAACGAAGGAGUGGCUACUUCAUUCUACAGCCACGAGCGUAACAGCGGUAUUGCUGCGGAUCUGGUCAAGAUCUUGUUGGAGUGCAAGCAGACUAUUCCAGACUUCCUGGAGUCUGAGAAAUCAGAGGGAGAAAUCACCUUCAACGACGAUACCGACGAUGAGUAUGAUAGCCAAAACAACAACAGUGGUGAUGCCUCUGCUGCCGCAAAUAAUGGAUGGGGUGCUGCAGCAGCUGCUAAUGUUGCAGAGGAGAAACCGUCUAAGCAAGGGGACCCGGAAACCAGUGGGGCUACAUGA